UCUAAAACACUAUCCUUCUCUUCUCCUUCUCUCUAUAACACACCAUCUCUCUCUCUCCCUCUCUCUCUCUCUCUGUCCCUUCCUCUCUCAAACACACUCUCUAUCUCUCUCUCUUUCAAACACACUCUCUCCCUCUCUCUCAAACACACCAUCUCUCUCUCUCUUUCUCUCUCUCUUAAACACUAUCCCUCUCUCCUCCUUCUCUCUAUAACACACCAUCUCUCUCUCUCUCUCUUGUAAGGCUGGUACUGGAGUGUGGGUGGUCAGUCUGUGAUGGAGCUGGAAUGCUGAGGGUCCAGAGUAGCUCUGAAGGAAGGUGUGUAUCCACAGACUUUGUUCAGGUGAAGGAUGGAGAACCUCACCGGUCUGGAGCUCACGUGUAACCUGACCAAACACGACUUCAUCUUCACCUUCAUACCGCUUGUCUACAGCUUCAACUUCCUGCUGGGCGUGGUGGGAAACAGCAUGGUGGUGGUGGUCAUCUACCGCCACCUGAAGCUGAAGACGGUGGCCAACGUGUUUGUGUUGAACUUGGCAAUCUCGGACCUGACCUUCCUCGUCACCCUGCCCAUGUGGGCGGCGUACACGGCCCUGGGCUACGAAUGGCCAUUUGGCGACUUCCUUUGCAAGGCUGUGGCUGGGCUGUCAUUUUUCACGCUGUAUGCUAGCGUGUUUUUCCUCACGGCUCUUAGCGUCGAUCGCUAUCUCGCCAUUGUCCGGCCGGUGAAGUCGCGGCAGUGCCGGACGGUGGCCUGUGCCUGGCAGGUGUGUGCUCUGGUCUGGCUUUUUGCUUUCGUUCUGAGCCUCCCAGCGACGUACAUCCGCAAAACGCACUUCAUCAAACACGCCAACGUGACCGUCUGCGGCCUACUGGAUGCUGAACACAAGAGCCUCCUAGCCGCUCUGAGUCUGAUGAAGGCCAUUUUGGGGUUUCUUCUGCCUCUCGUCAUCAUCUUGACGUGCUAUUCUCUGAUUGGCCGGGCCCUGCUAGAGGCGGGGCAGGUCCGGAAGAGUUCAGGGACACAGGGGGACGAGGUGUUCCUCAUGCUCGCGGCUGCCGUGCUCUCGUUCUUCCUCUGCUGGGCGCCGCACCAGGUCUUCAGCUUCAUGGAGGCGCUGUUGACACUGAAGAAGAUUCACGCGUGCGCCGUGGUGGCGGUCAUCGACACAGCCAUGCCCUUUUCCAUCUGCAUCGCCUUCUUCAACAGCUGCAUGAACCCCAUCCUGUACGGCUUUGUAGGCAAGAACUUCCGCAGGAGCCUCUUGAAACUGCUGAGGUGUUCCUCUGGUGCUUCCUCACUGAACCAUCCCAGUCUCAGCACCAGGCUGAGCACAAUGUCCUACCGAGGCUCAGAAUCCACGCAAAAUACGGACAGAAGGAACAUGUCACUGUCUCAAGUGCCUGAAAUGUAGUGUUAGCUUCUUUUGCCAGUUACGUUUGCCUUGUAGCAACAAAGCUAAUUGGUAGCUUGUGUUAGAGAGUUAGCUUCCAUUGCUUUGUUACAUCAGCCUUGUAGCUCUUAUAAUAACUGGUGGGUGUACACUCUUCUCUGUAUGUAUGGGCAAGGGCAGGGGCAAAACAAAAAAAUGGGCACCUACUGUUUGCCAUGGGGUGUGUACGUUAUAAAACUUAAAAAGAUAAAAUGUAUUCAAGUGUUUCAGAACAGAAAUCAGUUUUUUUUACUCGUACAUGAUUAACAGCAAUGUAUAGUGAUAGAGUGAUCUUGUACCAUUGAUAGGGCAUUAAUAGGGCACCACAUUACAAUUUAUUCUCUGGUGUGGCACUACAACUCUAUUAAAGGGCCACCUAAGUGGGUGUUUCGUCAUUUAUGGGUGAUGGAAGGCUACAGACAUCACACACAUAUCAUAUCAAACAAUAGAACUUUAUAUUAGUUACCUUAUCAAAAAUUAGUGAGCAAUUCAGAUCAGAAAACAGUUAGCAUCGCCAGUCAUUAUGGCUAAUCUGCCCUUUUGAGCUUCAUAAUAAAAGCCCCAUCAGAAAUUACUGUAUUGACUAAAAUAAUAAAUUACAUACAUUUUUUAUUUGUACUUUACGAAGUAAGUUUUAAGCAGGGCUGAUUGUUCUAUUAUUACAGAGCAACAGAUUUCAGCUAUUAAUGUAAAAAAUGUAACAAAAAAAUGAGUGUAGUUACUCUUUAAAUUGUAUUAAAGUAGUCUCCUACAAAGAAUCUCCUACACAUUUCAUCCGGGGUGUGUGUGUCUUCUAAAGUAGUUAAUGUUUAAUGAUUAGAGUGAAUAAAGGUGCAGCUAUAAGAAUGUUGCAGUAGAGAUAUACAGUAUUUACAGCAUCUGUUACUGACUGUUACUUACCUCAGCUAAAAUUGUACAGGUUUAAAUAAUUUGAUUAUGAGUGUGAUUAAAUGUGAUAUAUUUAGAUCUGAGUAAUGGGUGGGGCUAAACUGCUGUAGACUAAAUAAUGGGUGGAGCUUGGCUGAUGUAGAUUGAAUGAUGGGUGGAGCUAAACUGCUGUUUAGUGAAUAGUAUUUUAAUGGUCUAUUGAUUAAUGAUUAGAAGGAGUAUUAACUAUGAUUUUGGUGGAUGUCAUAUAUAUAUAU